CAACCGGGGUCAUUGCAGAUAUACGCGCGUGCAUCGCCAGUAGUCCGUCGCCCGUCGAGCCCGCGCCAUGUCCGACCCAAAACAAUACACGCGCGCGGAAGUAGAGGCACAAAACAAGCCCGAAGUCACCCUCUUCGUCAUCCACAACAAAGUGUACAACGUUACUCCGUUCUUAGACGAACAUCCAGGCGGCCAUGAGGUCCUAGUAGGCGUCGGAGGCACAGACGCCUCAGAAGACUUCGACGAUAUCGGCCAUAGCGUAGACGCUAGAGACAUUAUGAAGAAAUAUCUCGUCGGUGAAAUCGUGGAGUCAGAGAGAGUUGAGAAGACGAAGAGAAGCGUCAAAUGGGAUGAUGUGAAGCAUGAUGGAGGAUCAGGAUUGUUCAGCACUUGGCGUGUACCGUUGUUAGCCGCGCUGGUUGCUUCGCUCGUGUAUCUAUACCUUACGUAACUAUUGGACUGCUUAGUAUAAGGAUUUUCAAGGUUUUGUAUACUAUUUUAUUAAAGAUAAUGUUGUAA